AUGUCCUUUGUAAUGCCCGACUAUGCCGAAACAGACCUGGCCCACUCGCCACCAGCUACUCCUCUCCCACACUCCCAUACUGACCCAUUCGCGCCACCAGUCGACAUCUACGACCUGGGAAACAUGUACAUUGUGGUGACAAGUCUGCCGGCGGUGCGGUCGGCGGACCUGGAAACCGCCUACGACGCAGACUCCAACAGCCUGACCAUCAGUGGCCACUACACCAACCCCUUUGCACAUCUGUCCGACUGUCUCAUGGUGGGAGAACGACACAACGGCUCCUUCCAGAGAACGGUGCGGUUUCCGCCAACGGUCAAAAUCGACCCGCAAAAGGUCAAAAUGCACAUGGCCAACGGGAUUCUUGAAAUGCACUUGAUGAAACAGCGGGACGCACUCAAGUGA